GUGAUUCAUUUGCACACAGGUGAGAGGAGCCCUUAUAACGGAUGGGAUGAGAGCUGAAGUCAUUUCCAGCAGCAGCUGUUAGCGUCAGGAAUUAAUCUGAAAAAUGACUCUCCUGGAAACUGCUAUGGAGGACCUCAUUAAAGUGUUCCACUCCUAUUCUGGAAGAGAAGGUGACAAGCACAAGCUGAGCAAAGCAGAGAUGAGGUGCCUGUUAAAAGAACAACUCACUGAUUUCCUGACAGCUAGCAAGGACGCCAUGGUGGUUGAGAAGAUCAUGGCUGACCUUGAUGAUGACGGGGACGGUGAAGUGGACUUCAAGGAGUUUGUCACCCUGGUCGCUGUGCUGACUGUCGCCUGCAAUGAAUUUUUCUGUCAUGAGGAAGAUUCAACCAAGGACUGCUGUUCCAAGAACGUCUAAUAUUACACAUGUAAUCAAUAACCCUUUCUUUACAUCAUUUAUAUAUCAACAAUGUGAAGUCAUUAUAUGGAUGCACCUUAAUCACAUCUAAAUAAAAAUCAAAUAAAAAAAUAAAUCAUUGCAAACCAA